AUGUUUUCUCUUCCCUCUGAUCCUUCUAUCUUUUUCUAUUCAUGCUGGUUUUCCAUCUUCCCUCUGAUACUUCUGUGUUCUUUUCUAUUCAUGCUGGCUUUUCUCUCUUUUUUCUUCAUGAUGGAUUUUUUUCUGAUCCUUCUAUCUUUUUCUAUUCAUGCUGGUUUCCUUCUGUGUUCUUUUUUUUCUAUUGUCUUUUUCUCUUCUGAUCCUUCUGUGUCUUUUCUAUUCAUGAUGGCUUUUUUUCUCUUCCCUCUGAUUCUUCUAUCUUUUUCUAUUCAUGCUGGUUUUCCAUCUUCCUCUGAUCCUUCUGUAUUUUUUUUCUAUUCAUGCUGGCUUUUCUCUCUUCUUUCUGAUCCUUCUGUGUCUUUUUCUCUUCAUGAUGGAUGUUUUCUCUUCCCUCUGAUCCUUCUAUCUUUUUCUAUUCAUGCUGGUUUUCCAUCUUCCCUCUGA